CCACAGUAACGACCACAGAAGUGAUAGCACGUCCGGCAAAUGGGACAGAGGUAAAAAUCAAUUUAGUAUCGCAUUGUUUUUUUUUUUGUGUUUUGACCCCUCUGGAGUCGCUAUUUUGCCCCCCAUUGCACAACCAAGAAAGUGAUAAUGUUAAAAAUUGUGAAAGUAUGCCAAAACCCAGUAAAAUUUGGAAGAAAUUGGAGGAAAUACUCGACAAAAGCACAACCUCUCAAGGGAAUCCGAGUACUGGAUCUCACAAGAAUAAUCGCUGGACCAUACUGUACCAUGAUCUUGGCAGAUUUGGGUGCAGAUGUAAUAAAAGUAGAGAAACCUGGAUCUGGUGAUGAAUCCAGACACUGGGGACCUCCUUUCUUGACCAAUUCCCCGGAUUCUGUCUACUUCAUGGCUUCCAAUCGGAAUAAGAGGAGUAUCUGCAUUGACAUGAAAUCUGGACGGGCUGUCCUUGAAGACUUAACGAGAAAAUGUGACGUUCUGGUGGAAAAUUACGUUCCAGGGAAACUCAAGGCAUUCGGAUUGGACUAUGAGUCUCUCAGGAACAUAAAUGAGGGAUUGAUUUACUGUUCAAUCACAGGAUAUGGAUCCAAAGGGCCCUAUGCCAACAGACCAGGAUUUGAUGUUAUUGCAGCAUCAAUGGGAGGACUCUUGCACAUCACUGGAGCCGAAGAUGGAGCUCCAGCAAAAGUUGGAGUCGCAAUGACAGACAUAGCCACUGGCUUGUAUGCCCAUGGAGCAAUUUUAGCAGCUCUCUUGGCCAGGAACAACACCGGAAAAGGUCAGAAGAUCGAAGUAGAUCUUCUGUCUACCCAAAUUUCUUGUCUCAUCAAUGUCGGCAGUAACUUUCUCAACUCUGGCCUUGAAGCUAAACGCUGGGGAACUGCCCAUUCGUCUAUUGUUCCCUAUCAAGCCUUCAAAACUACUUCCGGAUAUCUAACAGUUGGAGCUGGAAGUGAUGCCCAUUUCACAGAUCUCUGCAAUCUCUUGAAGAUCCCGGAAACUGCCAAAAAUCCCAAAUUCCUCACAAAUACUCAAAGAGUGGAAAAUAGAAAAGAACUGAUAAGCCUCCUAGAAGGAAUUUUCAUUCAGAAGAGCUCCGUAGAAUGGAUGAAAGUCUUUGAGAAAGCCUCUUUUCCAGUAGCCCCAAUCAAUUCCAUCCGGGAAGUCUUCGAAGAUGAUCAUGUGAAAGCCAUUGACUUGGUGAAGACAGUGCCCCAUCCGGUGGCUGGAGAAGUGAAGGUCGUUGGUCCUCCCGUUGUUUUCAGUGAGGCCGAAAACAGUGUCAGGACAGCUCCUCCUCUCCUUGGGCAGCAUACUGAUGAAGUUCUCAGAGAGGUUCUUGGGUAUAGCCCAGAGAUUAUUGAGAAAUUGAAGAGGAAUAAAAUUAUCCAGUGACACUUACGAGAAGAGAUUCAGAAAGUUUUUCCUAAUAUUUUUUUUAUGUAAAAAUCAUUAGACGUAAUAUAAAUAUGAAAAUCGCAUAAUAUUAAUCA